GCGGAGUUGUAAUUGAUGGUUUUUCAAGAAUAUCUCUAAAAUGGUCACAAAUGUCGAAAAAUCUGUCAUAACAUUUUUCAUAGGAAAUUUCUUCAACUACAAAAAAGGUCAUUAUCAGCGAUAGGCUAUCUCUCUUGGGUAUCGAGAUAUGCGCGAAAGUGUGUUUAAAUUGUUUUUAUUUUUUAUUGUUAAUUUGAAAUUAUGGGACGCAUGUGCAGACGAUCGAGAGACUGAGCUGUUUUGCAUGUGCUCAGAUUUUUUCGGAAUAAUAAUUACUGAUUUCCUCAAGAUUAAUUACCAUUUUCGGAGUCAUUCUUGAUUUUGUAGAUUUUUUUCUGGGAAGAGUGAACAUUUUUUGGUUUUAUGGGGUUUUUUCUAUGAGUCAGGCGUGACCAAGACCAUCCUAACCUUUUUCCUAACCAAAACAAAUCCAGAAGCCUCUAUUUUUCACAUUAUAAAUAUAUUCACGCCUCGUGGAGCGAUAAAUUAUCAGAAUGAAUGAAAUUCUGGACGACAACUUUAUGAAUUCUUAUCCCAAAAUAGAGUAUACAUUGAAAAAUGCGUCGUUUAUAGCUGUUGACGCUGAAUUCUCGGGGAUUGACAGUGAAAAUGUUCCAGAGCUCACAUUGUUUGAUACAGUCCAGGAGAGGUACGAGAAACAGAGGAAUAACAUAGCUCCAUACACUGCCAUUCAAAUAGGUCUGACAGCUUUUACAAAAGUCCAACAGCAGAAUAAAUACAUCGCAGAGCCUUUCAGAUUUUAUUUACUCUCAAGAUCAUUAUUACAUGGAAGUAAUCAAAAUUUCCAAUGGGAGAAGACAUCAAUGAAUUUCUUACGAAGGCAUAAUUUCGAUUGGAAUAAGUUGGUGAAUGGAGGUAUUUCUUACUUAAACCAGUCAGAGCUAUCAAAAAUGCAGUCCCUACUCAAGGUCAAUGAUUAUAUGAGCAAUAUGGGAGCCUUUCGCACCUUGGAGGAAGAAAAUAAAUUUGUGAAGUCGAUAAAAAAUGUCACGGAGUGGCUGAAAGACUCUCCCCUAUCCGAAAAAUCCAUGGAAAUUGAAUGCGACGAUUUCGUACAGCUAUGCUGUCUCCAGAGGCAGCUCAGGAAGUCUUUCAAGGGAGUCUGGACCGAGCAGAAGGGUCAGACGAUUUUCGUCAUAAAAGUUGAUGCAGAGACACGAAAAAUUCUGGAAGAGGGAAAUCAGAAUUUCUUUGAAGAGCAGCUCCUGGAGUACAUUCUGGGCUUCACCAGAGUCUUUCAACUGCUUUGCGAUCUGAAAAAACCCAUCGUCGGGCACAAUAUUCUCCUCGAUCUCAUGUUCAUGUACAAACAGUUUUACAAGGAUUUGCCCACGAGUUAUCAGAAGUUCAAGAGGGAAAUCCAUGAGUUGAUGCCUACUGUGUACGAUACUAAAUUCCUCAGUUACGAGAUGAGGAAAAUCCUGGACUCCAAGGGGCAGGAGGGCCAGGGGAAUAGGAAAAAAGGAGGUGAUAAGGGAAGGUCUAACAUCCUCGAGGAGCUUUACCGGUUCUUCAAAAAUGGUGAUGGAAGACUUUUGACCUGGAACUCACCGAACAUCGAAUUUCCUGAUGAAACAACGACUGAUACUGAGGCAUAUCACGACGCUGGAUGGGAUUCAUACUACACCGGCUAUUGUUUUAUAAAAAUGGCUCACGUUUUCUGUAAUCCACACAAAAGUUGUGGAACUACUCGAGAGUUGAGUCAUGUCGAGAUGAUGUCAAGCCUGAAGUCCCACGUCAACUGCGUCAAUCUGAUCCGAGCAGAUCUCUCCUAUCUGAGCCUUGAUGGGCCGGACCCCCCCUCAAGGAGACCCCCCCGAUUAAACAUCACAGCUCUGCAUUUAAAAUCCAUCAGCACUGAUGAGAUCAUGAGGGCUCUGUCAUCCUUCGAUCACUGCGAUGUCCAGGUUCAAUCACCAAGAAGUGUCCUGGUGGCUGCACCCAACUGGCGAACGGCUAGGGAAAUUAUCCAGCAUUUCCAGAAGACCAAGGAUUACGAGGCGGUCCCUUAUAACUUCCUGAAGCACUCACCAACUGUGAGAUCCCUCCUCUGGGGGACAUUGGUGGUUUCUGGCAGUAUGCUGGCGAUGCUGAUUCAUCGUGCUGUUCAAAAGCCGCCGGUGACGUAAAAAUAAAG